UGAAAUCAUGAAAUAGUUCGUUUUAAGGAGAGGCGAUGACGCGGAAGAGAUCCUCUAUUCUGCUCCCAUCACUGAACAUGCGCGACGUUGUCAUUACCUUCUCCAUUGAGAUCGAACCGGAUUGGUUUUCGCGAAUGUUGGAAAUUGAAAUCCGGUUUGGUUAAUAAGGGUAAUUUUAGGAAUAAAAAAAGCGAAAUGACUUGCAUGACACGCUUACGUGGAUUCGCUGCUCUCUCUCUCUUUCCAGGGAGAGGGACGAAAUGAAGCAUUAUCAAAUAAGGGAAAAAACAAAAAACAGGAGAGAAAACCAGAGGGAAAACGCGAGAAAGUUAAUUGGUUUCUGCGAGAAUCUGCAGCUUUCCUGGGCAUUUUUUUUUGGUUUAAGCUGAAGGAGGCUGGUCUUUGAUAUUGUUGGUGAUAUCUGUCUUCAAACGUGAAUGUAGUUUUUUAUUUUAUUUUUUACGUCUCCCAAAAUUCUGAAGCUUCGAGAGAGAGAGAAAGAGAAACGUUCGUGAUAAAUAUAUUUUGUAUCUGAUUCAACAUUAAUUGGAUCGAUGGUGGAGAAAUUUCCCGGGAAACACCUUCUGAUUGGGUUCUCAGGGAUUAUUUCUAAUGUUUUUUUCCCGUUGGAAAUCUAACCAGAUUUGGACGUAAUAAUGGCUGCUUUGGGGUCGCUCGUCUGGGUAGAAGACACAGAUGAUGCCUGGAUAGAUGGAGAAGUUGUCGAAGCUAACGAUGAUGAUGUCAAAGUUAACUGCCAAACCAAGACGGUUGUGGCAAAGGCAAAUGCUGUCUACCCCAAGGACCCUGAGUUUCCUGAACUUGGUGUCGACGACAUGACCAAGCUUGCCUAUCUGCAUGAACCAGGGGUUCUUCUCAAUCUAAAGGCCCGGUACAAUGCAAAUGAAAUAUAUACAUACACAGGGAAUAUACUGAUAGCUGUGAAUCCCUUUAAAAGACUACCACACCUAUACGGAAAUGAUAUAAUGGAACAAUAUAAAGGCUCUGACUUUGGCGACUUAAGCCCACAUCCUUUUGCUGUUGCUGAUUCUGCAUACAGAAAAAUGAUCAACGAGGGAGUAAGCCAGGCGAUCUUGGUGAGUGGAGAAAGCGGUGCUGGGAAGACAGAGAGCACAAAGAUGCUCAUGCAGUAUCUUGCAUUCAUGGGUGGAAAAGCUCAGAGUGAAGGACGAUCUGUAGAACAGCAAGUUUUGGAGUCUAAUCCAGUUUUAGAAGCUUUUGGUAAUGCAAAAACCGUCAAAAACAAUAAUUCAAGUCGUUUUGGUAAGUUUGUGGAGAUUCAGUUCAACCAUAUGGGAAGAAUCUCAGGAGCUGCUAUUAGAACAUAUUUGCUUGAGAGGUCAAGAGUUUGCCAAGUUUCUGAUCCUGAAAGAAACUAUCAUUGCUUUUACAUGCUUUGCGCUGCGCCAGAACAGGAAAUUGAGCGGUACAAGUUAGGGAAACCAAGCACGUUUCACUACUUAAAUCAAUCGAACUGCUAUUCGUUGAGUGCACUUGAUGAUGCCAAGGAAUAUCUAGCUACGAGGAAAGCUAUGGAGGUUGUUGGGAUUAGUUCUGAAGAACAGGAUGCAAUCUUCCGGACAGUUGCUGCUAUCCUUCAUCUAGGAAACAUUGAGUUUGAAAAGGGAGAAGAAGCAGAUGCUGCAGAGCCUAAGGACGAUAAAUCUCGGUUCCAUCUGAAAGUGGCUGCAGAGCUUUUCAUGUGUGAUGAGAAAGCUCUAGAAGACUCCUUAUGCAAAAGAGUGAUGGUGACUCGUGGUGAAAGCAUUACAAAGUCGCUUGACCCUGGUAGUGCAGCUCUAAGCAGAGAUGCUCUUGCCAAGAUUGUCUAUUCUAAACUGUUUGAUUGGCUUGUGACCAAGAUCAAUAACUCCAUUGGACAAGACCCAAGUUCAGAAUACAUUAUUGGAGUCCUGGAUAUAUAUGGAUUCGAGAGUUUUAAGACAAACAGCUUUGAACAGUUUUGUAUAAACCUGACAAACGAGAAGCUCCAACAGCAUUUCAACCAGCAUGUGUUCAAAAUGGAGCAAGAAGAGUAUACUAAAGAAGAGAUUGACUGGAGUUACAUAGAGUUCAUAGAUAAUCAGGAUGUUCUUGAUCUUAUAGAAAAAAAACCUGGUGGCAUUAUUGCCCUUAUAGAUGAGGCCUGUAUGUUUCCAAAAUCAACACAUGAUACACUUGCACAAAAGCUAUACCAAACCUUUAACGGCCACAAGCGUUUCACCAAACCAAAAUUGGCUCGUACAGACUUUACCAUCUGCCAUUAUGCUGGUGAUGUCACUUAUCAGACUGAACUAUUUUUGGACAAAAACAAAGAUUAUGUUGUUCGAGAACAUCAAGCUCUCAUGAACUCUUCAGAUUGUUCCUUUGUCUCAUCUUUGUUUCCAAAACUACGAUUAGAAUCCUCCAACUCAUCAAAGUUCUCAUCAAUAGGCUCUCAGUUCAAGCAACAACUACAAUCUUUGCUCGAGACGUUGAACACCACAGAGCCUCACUACAUACGCUGUGUUAAACCAAACAACGUUCUUAAGCCAGAGAUUUUUGAGAACAUUAACGUUCUGCAUCAACUUAGGUGUGGGGGGGUUUUGGAAGCCAUUAGGAUUAGUUGUGCUGGAUAUCCUACUAGGAAGCCUUUCAAUGAAUUUUUAACUAGGUUCAGAAUUUUAUUCCCGGAGGCUACAAACAAAAGCUUUGACGAAGUUGAUGCUUGCAAAAAGCUAUUAGCAAAAGUGGAGCUAAAAGGUUUUCAGAUAGGGAAGACAAAGGUGUUUCUUAGGGCAGGUCAGAUGGCAGAACUGGAUGCUCACCGAUCUGAAGCUCUUGGCCACUCAGCUAGGAUCAUACAGAGAAAAGUCCUAACUUAUCAGUCCCGUAAAAAAUAUAUGAUGUUGCAGUCUGCUUCAAGAGAUAUCCAAGCCAUUUGUAGAGGGCGCAUGGCGCGGCAUCAGUUUGAGUCCAUGAGAAGAGAAGCAGCUUCUCUGAGAAUUCAGAAGCAGGCACGGACGUAUAUAUGCCACACGGCCUAUAAGAAGCUGUGCAUUUCAGCUGUUUGUGUUCAGACUCAGUUGCGUGCAAUGGCUGCUCGAGUUGAACUUCAGUACAGGAAGAAGAGACAUGCGGCAAUUAUUAUUCAAGCAAGUUUUAAAACCUCAUUUUUUAUGACAAAUAAUUUUUCAUUCUUUUUGAUUAUCAAUAACAUGCAAAAGUUACUUAUUCCACAGAGUCAAAUCAGAAGAUGUCUGUGUCGUCGUCGGUAUUUAAGAAUGAAGAAAGCAGCUAUUACCACUCAGUGUGGCUGGAGAGUAAAAGUUGCACGCCGAGAAUUGCGGAAGCUUAAAAUGGCUGCUAAGGAAACAGGAGCCCUCCAAGAAACUAAUACUAAGUUGGAGAAGGAAUUAAAAGAGCUCACUUCAAUCUUAGAGCUUGAGAAACAGAUGAGGAUGGAGCUUGAGGAAGCCAAAAAUCAAGAAGUGGAAGAGUUGAAAGCAGCUUUAAAUGAUAUGAAACUUCAGCUGGGGGAAACUCAAGAAACCAAAAGCGAAGAGAUCUUGAAGUUGCAGUCCGCUUUACAGGACAUGCAAUUAGAAUUUGAAGAACUUGCUAAAGAUCUGGAGAUGACGCAUGAUCUUGCCGCAGAAAAUGAAAAUCUCAAGGAGUUGGUGAGCUCAUUACAAAGGAAAACUGAUGAAUCCGAGACCAACUAUGAAGAAACAGGUAAGCAAAGUGAAAAACAGGAGGUUCCCGUCAUUGACAAUGAUGCAAUCAUCAAACUCGAAGCUGAAAAUCAACAACUAAAGGCGUUGGUCAGUUCAUUGGAGGAGAAAAUAGAUGCCUUAGACCGAAAACACGACGAAACAAGCUCAAACAUCACAGAGCAGUUGAAGGAGAGUGCUUCAUCUGAUUAUGAGAUUGUCAGUGAUCUUGCAGCUGAGAAUGAACGUCUCAAGGCACUGGUGAGUUCGUUAGAGAAGGAAAAUAACAAAAAAGAUGGGAGUGAUUCAUCAAACGAGCAAAAGGAGGAGGGUACACACAUGAUUAAAGAAGAGAGUUCAACAGAGGAUAUUGAUAAUGAAAUUACCAAAAAACUUGCUGCUGAAAACAAAGAACUAUUUGAUCUGGUAGAUUUGUUGGAAAAGAAAAUAGUUGAAACAGAGAAGAAGUAUGAGGAAGCAAGUAGACUUUGUGAAGAGAGGCUUCAGAAGGUUGUAGACACAGAGAAUAAGUAUGAGGAAGCAAGUAAACUUUGCGAAGAGAGGCUUCAGCAGGUUGUAGAGGCAGAGACAAAACUAAUCGAGUUAAAAACAUCCAUGCAAAGGCUUGAGGAAAAGGUCUCUGACAUGGAGACAGAAGACAAGAUUCUCCGGCAGCAAGCACUAGCUCAUUCAGCUUCCCGGAAAAUGUCUUCUCAGAUGUCAUUUACAGGACCUCCGCCAAUGGAGAACGGACAUCAUGCAUCAUUGGCUCCUAUACCAUCAAGAAGGUUUGGGACAAUUUCUUUCAGGCGAUCUCGGAUUGAACGACAACCCCAUGAAUACGUUGACGUCCUUAUCAAGUUUGUUUCACAAAAGGUCGGAUUCAGCCAUGGGAAGCCUGUUGCGGCGUUCACAAUAUACAAAUGUCUCAUACACUGGAAAGUAUUCGAAGCAGAGAAGACCAGUAUCUUUGAUCGUAUGGUUCCUGUUUUUGGUUCUGCUAUUGAGAAUCCGGAAGACAAUGAUCAUUUGACCUAUUGGCUAACAAACACAUCUACGCUACUGUUCUUGCUUCAAAGAAGCUUGAAAAACCAUAGCACAAGCAGUGCAAGUCCGAGGUUACCUCCUCAGCCGACUUCAUUUUUUGGUAGGAUGACACAGGGUUUCCGUUCACCCUCUUCGGGAAGCCUUUCAGGAGACGUAGUGCAACAAGUAGAUGCUAAAGUUCCGGCUUUGCUUUUCAAGCAGCAGCUCACAGCUUACGUUGAAACGAUAUAUGGAAUAGUGCAAGAGAAUGUGAAGAGAGAAUUAGAGCCCGUGCUCUUGUCAUGCAUUCAGGGACUGAAAGAUUCAUCAAAUGAGCCCUCUUCAGAUGACUUACCAGCUCAGUCAUCUGAACAGAACUCACCAGCAAAGUCAUCUGAACAGAACUCACCAGCAAAGCCAUCUGAAGAUAAGAUUCCACCAGAAAAGCUGCCUGAAGGUAGUUCACCAGAAAAGCCGUCUGAAGAGGACCCACAUGCAAAGAUAUCUGAAGAGAAUACACCGGCAAAACCAUCAGCAGACAAUGCACCAGAGGAGACUUGGCAAGGCAUCAUAGAUCUAUUGAACCGGCUUCUCGGCACAUUGCAGAAAAACUACGUUCCUCUGUUUCUUGCUCAGAAGAUAUUCAGCCAAACAUUCCAAGGCAUCAACGUUCAAGUCUUUAACAGCCUCAUGCAACAAGAAUGCUGUACAUUCAACAUGGGCAAAAGGGUGAAUGCUUUCUUAAAUGAACUAGAGGCAUGGUGUAGCCUAGCAACUGAAGAGUUUGUAGGGUCUUCAUGGGAUGAACUCAAACACACAAGACAAGCCGUGGGGAUCCUGGUUACAGAACAAAAGUCCACGAUUACAUAUGAUGAUCUUACCACUAACCUCUGUCCGGCUCUUAGUACUCAGCAACUGUAUAGAAUAUGUACCCUCUGCAAAAUUGAUGACGACAAGGAUCAGAACGUAUCGCCAGACGUGGUUUCCAACUUGAAACUACUAAUCACAGAUGAAGAUGAAGACAGCCGUUCGUUCUCGUUAGACAAUGAUUCCAGCAUCCCCUUUGCAGCAGAUGAGAUCUCCAACUGCAUGCAAGAAAAGGAAUUUACCAAUGUAAAGGCAGCGAUCGAACUCGCUGAUAACCCUAACUUCCACUUUCUAAAGGACUGAGACCUAUUUGGUCCGUUCUUCAUCUGACAACUGAAAUUGUACAGUAUUCGUUUACUCCCUCGCAUAGAUUUACGCUAUGUAGAAUCCUACAAGUUUCGUCAAUAGGGGUUUCAGAGGGCAUCUUGAACUUACGUCUCUCCUGAUUUGAUUCUUACGUGUUCAUUCUCUUCAGGGAGGUUAGGUUAAAGCAGACAAUAUUUUACUUGUGUGGCAAGAAACAUCUCUAUGUACAACUAACCUUUUGUAAUCGGUUUUUUUAACCUUUUGUCAUUGGAGAAAUAUUGAUAGAGACCCUUACUGGGUUCACACACAAUAUUGGCAUUACCAUAUUUUUAAAUUUGUAUGAUUUUGCAUUUUUUGGUUGUAAGGAA